AUGGCCGAAGAGCCCAAGACCUGCCCCUCAUUCGAUUCGAGGAUGAUAUGCAAGUCGAGGGCCAAAGACAGCUGCUGUGCUACCGCCGGAUCGAGUUACUCUCAAGUUGAUUCGGUGGAACCGCAGUUGGACGGACACGUCAGGGGAUCGCUUCCUCAGUCCCAGUCGUAA